GUCGGCUGCAGCCUGGCUACAGACGUCCCUUCUACCAUCCUCCUUCGAUGCGCUCUGCAUAUAAAGGACUUGCGAUGGCGACGGCCUACAGCAUCACCGACUUCCCUACCCAACGACUCGUAAUCCACUGCGAAUAUGCCUCGUCCUCGUAUUGAAUUAGUCUCGGGCUGUACCAUUGGUGCUCCCAACACAGAGGCGCGCAUCACCGAGCUAGCCGAAUGCCAGAAGUUCGUCGAUGUCGCCCUUGACCACGGCGUCAAGGAGUUCGACGUGGCGAACGGCUACUCUAAAGGGACUGCAGAGCUAUGGCUCGGUAAACUGAACCUCAGAGACGCUGUCGUCGACACGAAGGCUUCGCCUUAUACACCGAAAGCUCACAGCGCGGAGAACCUGCGCGCAGCAGCGCUCAAGUCUAUCGCCGAUCUUGGGUCCCAUAAGAUCAACGUUUACUACUUGCACGCCCCCGACCGGUCUGUCCCCUUCGAAGAGACGUGCAAAGCCAUCGACCAACUGCACAAAGACGGUCUUAUUAAGGAGUUCGGCUUGAGCAACUUCAACUCGUGGGAGGUCGCGGAAGUUUAUUACAUCUGCAAGACCAAUGGCUGGCUGCUCCCAACAGUCUAUGAGGGCCGCUACAACGCCAUUCAGCGGGAGGUCGAGACUGAACUGUUCCCCUGCCUGCGGAAGUUUGGCAUCCGCUUCUAUGCCUACGGUCCUCUCGCAGGCGGCUUGCUCAGCGGGAACAUUUUGUCCGUGGAGGACUUCGAGAAUCGCCCUGGCACUAGGUGGGACCCGAAGACUACCCAAUUCGCCGGCUUCCUGCGGGAAGGCGCAGCACCACUGUUGCCUAUCAUCAGGGAGCUCGUCGAGGAGCUGGACAAGCGCGACCUCGGGCUAACGGAGGCAUCCAUCCGUUGGCUUCAGCAUCAUAGUACGCUGUUGGAAUUCACGCCGGGCAUCGUGCCCAUCCCCGAAGGUUGUCGUCUCACCUCGAAUAUAGUAUAUAUUGAGGGCCAAAGCCCGAAUCUCCAACGAUUCCAUCUUGUUUCCUUCCCCCAUCUUCGUGUGCCCCAAAGGGGCGACAAGAUUCUCGUCGGGGCGAACUCGCCUCAACAGUUGGAAACGAAUCUGAAGCUCCACGCGCUUGGCCCUCUCCAUGAGGAGGUUGUCUCGCUGAUCAACGCUGCCGGCGAGAAGAGCAAGGGCCUAAACAAGCAUUACGCUUGGUAGGAUGCGAUUUUAUGUGGCCGCAGAGAACGCGUGCAUCUAUCGGUUGAAAUGCAAAAUCUCGACUAUCGUGGAUAUGAGAAGCACAUCAGGUGUUACUGCUUAAUG